UAUUUAUCGAAAAGCCCUGAAUAAAAAGGCUCCACACACACACACACAAGCAUACAGGCUCUCACACAGAGAGAAAAUCCUUUUGCCUGUUGAUUUAUGGAAACAAUUAUGAUUCUGCUGGAGAAUUUCUCAGCUAAGAAAUAGUUUGUAGCUACAGUAGAGAGGCUCAAGUUGCACAAGGCAGACAACAGACAUGGAAUUCUUGUGCAUCCAGCUGUUAUCAACAGAACAAGUAAGUUACUGCUAUUUGUUUUUAAAAAUAAUGCAGAGUGGAUUUCUAGUAGUUUACUUCUUUCUCUUGUUUUAGUGCUGAGGGAAAAAGUAAAGUUACCAGAUUUUUGAGCCUUGUAAUUAUCUAUAGUAAUUACGCUGUAGAACUUUUACAUAUAGUUCUCCAGACAAUACUGGCAUUUGACUUGAGAAAUGUGGGUAGUUCAAGAGAAAAUAAUUGAUUAACCACAAACAUAAAAGCAUACUAUAAACAAAUCUAGGGAAAGCGUUUAUACUUUGUUAGUAGUAAUUUUAGGACUUAAUUUAAAUCAAUAGCUCUAAUUGCAGGAUGUUUCUUACCAAACAGCAAUCAGAAUAAAUGGUACAAUCAUAUUCUGAUUUGUCUCUAGUAAUGUAUAACUUUUCUAAAUCUACAUAUAGAGAGAUAAAGAUGUUGACAUCCUCUGUGAAAGUUGUUUUAAAUGUGCCUUCACAGUACCAACUACACUGCAUGUUAUAAUACUAUUUACCCACUAACAUUUAUACAUACAAUGUUUCAUCUUCCCCUGCCUCCCCUCCCUAUUCCUAAUGUCUCCUGGCAAACAGAAGUCCAGUAGUAAACAGUGUCGCAGCAACUGAACUUAGUGCAACCUGUUUUUAUAAGGAAAUACCAACUGAGAGUUAUUUAAGGAGGAAUCCUGUAUUGUUAUCAGGAACUAAAAGGAUAAGGAUAACAAUUUGGAAAAAAACAACUACUCUUUCUUAAAUCAAUCUACAAUUCACAGAUAGGAAGAGGUCAAUGACCUAGGAGCAACAAUCAACUCAAGAUUUAAUUUUCAUUAUGUUAUUCAUGAACACCCGGAGCACUACACUAUAAUGCGCAAAUGGAUACUGACAUGGAUCCUGCCAACUUUGCUCUACAGAUCAUGCUUUCACAUUAUCUGUCUAGUGGGCACUAUAUCUUUAGCUUGCAAUGACAUGACUCCAGAGCAAAUGGCUACAAAUGUGAACUGUUCCAGCCCUGAGCGACAUACAAGAAGUUAUGAUUACAUGGAAGGAGGGGAUAUAAGAGUGAGAAGACUCUUCUGUCGAACACAGUGGUAUCUGAGGAUUGAUAAACGAGGCAAAGUCAAAGGGACCCAAGAGAUGAAGAACAACUACAAUAUCAUGGAAAUCAGGACAGUGGCAGUUGGAAUUGUGGCAAUCAAAGGAGUGGAAAGUGAAUACUAUCUUGCAAUGAAUAAGGAAGGAAAACUCUAUGCAAAGAAAGAAUGCAAUGAAGAUUGCAACUUCAAAGAAUUAAUUCUGGAAAACCAUUACAAUACAUAUGCAUCAGCUAAAUGGACACACAGCGGAGGAGAAAUGUUUGUUGCUUUAAAUCAAAAAGGGGUUCCUGUAAGGGGGAAGAAAACAAAGAAAGAACAAAAAACAGCCCACUUUCUUCCUAUGGCAAUAACAUAAUCAUAUAUGGUAUAAAAGAAACCAGUUCCAGCAGGGAGAUUUCUUUAAGUGGACUGUUUUCUUUCUUUUCUUUUUUUCUUUUCUUUUCUUCUUUUUUUUUUUUUAAGUAACCAAGAAAGGCUGGAAAACUACUGAAAAACUGAUCAAGCUGGACUUGCGCAUGUAUGUUUAUUUUAAGAGACUGCAUUAAAGAAAGAUUUGAAAAAUAUACACAAAAUCAGAUUUAGUAACUAAAAGUUGUAAAAAAUUGUAAAGCUGGUUGUACAAUCAUGAUGUUAGUAAUAGUAAUGUUUUUUCUUAAAUUAAUUUACCCUUAAGAGUAUGUUAGAUUUGAUUAUCUGAUAAUGAUUAUUUAAAUAUUCCUAUCUGCUUAUAAAAUGGCUGCUAUAAUAAUAAUAAUGCAGAUGAUGUUAUAUAAGAUAUGUCAGACGUAAAGGCUGCUGGAAUGAUUUGUCAGAUAAUCAAGCCAACACUAACUAUGGAAGAUGAGCAGUAUCUGAAAGACUUUUUAGUGGCAAUUGUAAGCCACUUAAAUUCUAAUAAGAAAAGAAAGAAUAUUCUUAAAAAUUCUAUUAUGGAAUGGAGUCAAAUAAGUAGUUUUACAAAAGUAUAGUAUUAGAAUAUGCUUGUACCUAUUAACAAGAAGAAAAUUCCUAAUGCUGCUCGUAUGGAAAGGGUAUUGAUAAAAGGAUGUUUUCAAAAAUCUUGUAUAUAAAAUAGCAAUAAUGAUGAUAAUACUGUAUUUCAUCUCACUUGCCACAAAAAUAACAUUUUAUAAUCCCUAAAAGUAAAACUGAGAAACCUUUAAGUUUUGUUUCAAGUAAUAUAAUCUAUCUUUUGUAUAAUUCAUAUUUGGGAAUAUGACUUUUAAUAAUGUUCUUCCCACCAAUAAUCAUGCUUUUUCUCUGUGGUUACAGCAUUAAACUCUAUUUUAAGUUGUAUUUGAACUUUAUUGUUUUGUUAUUUAAGUUUAUGUUAUUUAUAAAAAAAAACCUUAAUAAGCUGUAUCUGUUUCAUAU